GCAACGUUCUACACGGGUAAAUUAGAGCGGCGCACCCAAACACUAGCUUAGAACCUUAUAUAUAUGUCAAUGCUCAGUGGGUGUCUUGACUCAUUUGACUCCAGUGGUAACGUCAGUGUAACUCACCGCAGAUAUAACUUCAUUAGAUAGCACUAUGCAGCUGCCUGUACAGAUGUCGGACUUCUUCAGGCACCAACACUGAAAGCGUUGGAAGAACAUCAGGAGGACGCUGGUAGCAAAUGCUAACCUAGCUAGCUACACUGUUAGCAUCUCAGCAGCUGUUCCGUCCACUUGAAGGCAUCAUUGAGUCCUACGAUAGUCUAACGUUAAACAGACUAACGUUACUUACAGUCUACGAUACCACAGAUAUCAACUAACGUGAAUAGUUAUUUAGCGUGCAGCGUGUGGUGGUGCUCGGUGAAUGAGACAGCAACUCCUCUUGGAGAGAGCAGAGGAGCUCCGAGUUCUCCUGUUGGAGCCCUCAGCAGACGUCAAGCUGGCGACCGGAGCAGGAAAGAAGGACAAGAAGGCCGAGGAAGAGGAGCAGCCUGCAGCAGCAGUGAAGGAGGAGGAGGAGCCUGCAGCACCUCCUGCAGCUGCAGCAGCAGUGAAGGAGGAGGAGUAUGUGGUGGAGAAGGUUUUGGACCGCAGAGUGGUGAAGGGAAGAGUAGAGUUCCUGCUGAAAUGGAAGGGGUUCUCAGAUGAGGAUAACACAUGGGAGCCUCAAGACAACCUGGAACCCGACCUUAUCACUGAGUACAUGCAGAAACACGAGGAGGAGGAGGAGAAGGAGGACAAGAGGAAAGUUGUCAGUGAGGCCUCGGAAGACUCAGAGGAGCGAGGGAGCAAGAGGAAGAAGAAGGAGAAACGGAGUGGAGAAGAGGGACCCAAACGUCACCACUGUCAACACUGUGACAAAUCCUUCACAACAUCUGGAUAUUUAAAUAUUCAUCGGAGAGUUCACACUGGAGAGAAACCUUACAGCUGUGAUCAAUGUGGGGCAGCUUUCACACGACAGAAUACCCUAAAAAUACAUCAACGCAUUCACACUAAAGAAAAACCUUACAGCUGUGAACAAUGUGGUAAAACCUUUUCUCAGAGAAGUAACCUUACAUGUCACCAGCAUGUUCACACUAGAGACAAGCUACACAGCUGUGAUCUAUGUGGGGCAGCUUUCACACAAAAGAAUUACCUAAAAACACAUCGACGCAUUCACACUGGAGAUAAGCCUUACAGUUGUGAUCAAUGUGGUAAAACCUUUUCUCAGAGUAGUAACCUUAAAUGUCACCAGCGUGUUCACACUGGAGACAAUCUACACAGCUGUGAUCUAUGUGGGUCAGUUUUCACACUACAGAGUAACCUAAAAACACAUCAACGCAUUCACACUGGAGAGAAGCCUUACAGCUGUGAUCUAUGUGGUAAAACAUUUUCUGGGAGUAGUAACCUUAAAUCUCACCAGCGUGUUCACACUGGAAAGAAGCCGUACUGGUGUGAACAAUGUGGGAAAACAUUUUAUGAGAGUUGUGCCCUUAAAACACAUCAACGCAUUCACACUGGAGAGAAGCCGUACAGCUGUGAUCAAUGUGAUAAAACCUUUGCUCAGAGCAGUAGCCUUAAAUCUCACCAGCGUGUUCACACUAAAGAGAGGCCGUACUGGUGUGAACAAUGUGGGAAAACUUUUUCUCACGGUAGUGGCCUUAAAAAACAUCAACGCAUUCACACUGGAGAUAAACCUUACAGCUGUGAACAAUGUGGGAAAACUUUUUCUCAGAGCGGUAACCUUAAAAUACAUCAGCGCAUUCACACUGCCUCGUUGUGAACAUGUUUCCGACCCAAGCUGUUUCCUCCUGCCUCCUCCUCAUGGCCUGAUAGCUAAACGGACGCAACAGAUCCCAUUUUUGCAAACCAUACAUAAUUACAAGGAAAAAUAUUACUGAAAAUGCGCUUCAGGUGUUUGGAUAGAUCAGGAG